CUUUGUCAAGUGCGGCGGCUUCAUUUAGAUUAAUCACCACAUACAAAUGGAAUAAAGUCGACGAUGGAGUUCUUCUGGGGGAAUAUCUUCUUCAUUAUAAUAGUCAUUACUGACAGAGUCUGGCAUUCACAGUCCUUCAACGUCGGCACUGCAGGUGCCAAGAUUUUCAGUGGUCCAGCGGCGGAAGAGUUUGGCUACACAGUCCUACAAACGACAAACCAUGAAGGCAAAUGGCUCCUGGUUGGCGCUCCAUGGAGUGGUUUCAAUAGAAACAAGAAGGGGGAUGUUUACAAGUGUCCAGUCACAGGGUCCAGAAACAGCUGCGACAAGCUCAAUCUGCAAGAUUCUGUCAGUAUUCCAGAUGUUAGAAACCUCAACGACAACAUGUGCCUGGGUUUGACUCUUACUCGGAUGCCUGCAGUCAAUGGUUUGAUGACGUGUGGUCCUCUCUGGGGACAGCUGUGUGGCACUCAGGACUUCCACCCUGGAAUAUGUUCAAAAAUGAACCCCCUCUUUAAGCCUCAACCUGCCUUCUCUCCUGCCAUCCAGACAUGUGGAGGGCCUAUGGACAUUGUGAUUGUUUUGGACGGAUCCAACAGCAUUUAUCCCUGGGAACCAAUGAACUAUUUCCUCCAGAAACUAAUACCUGCACUCGACAUCGGGCCCAAAAACACACAGGUCAGCGUCAUUCAGUACGCCGUUGAUCCCAAGUUUGAAUUCACACUGAACCAGUAUAAAAACAAAGAGGACGUGAUCAGUGCAGUGUCCAGAAUCACACAAGUGUAUGGUCACUCUACAAAUACCUUCAAGGCGAUCCAAUAUGCCAGUAAGCAGGGUUUCGAUCGAGGCGGCCGACCGGGCGCUGCCAAGGUGAUGGUGGUCGUCACUGAUGGAGAGUCUCACGACGUAUCCAUCAGAGAUAAAGUCAUCGCAGAGUGUGAGAGCAAAGGCAUCACCCGCUUUGGUAUCGCUGUCUUGGGUUAUUACAUUAGAAACAACAUCGACACAGAAAACCUAAUCAAAGAAAUCAAAUCCAUCGCCAGUUUACCCACAGAGAAAUACUUCUUCAAUGUGUCUGAAGAAGCGGCUCUCUCCACCAUCGCUGGAACACUGGGGGACCGCAUCUUCAACAUUGAGGGCACUGGAAAGGGGGGUGACAACUUCAAAAUGGAGAUGUCCCAGGUCGGAUUCAGCGCCCACUACUCCAGCCAGCAGGAUGUGAUGAUGCUGGGAGCAGUGGGAGCCUACUCUUGGAGCGGGACGGUCGUCCAUCAAACAGGGUCAAAAGUCGACAUACUCCCUUUCUCAGCCUUUGAGGAGAUUCUUCAAGACAGAAACCACAGCUCAUUAUUGGGUUACUCCGUCACCACGCUGAACGAUGGCUCUACACUAUACUUUGUGGCGGGUGCACCUCGCUCCAACCACUCUGGACAAGUAAUCGUCUACACUGUCAACGCUCGGAAGCAAUCUGCUAUCAUAGACUCAGAAAGAGGGAAACAGAUAGGGUCAUACUUUGGAAGCGUCUUGUGCUCCCUGGACGUGGACAAAGACGGGGUGACAGACCUCCUACUGGUUGGUGCGCCCAUGUUCAUGAGCGAGCUAAAGAAAGAGGAAGGCAGGGUCUAUCUCUUCUCCGUCACAAAGGGUAUACUGAACGAGCAGGGGUUCCUCAAUGGCCCACACCUGACUGAAAACGCACGAUUUGGGAUGGCUAUCUCUGCCAUUCCUGACCUGGACCUUGAUGGUUACAACGAUAUUGUAGUUGGAGCACCACUAGAGGACAAACAAAAAGGCGUCAUUUACAUCUACAAUGGAGAGAAGAAGACAUUAAACAAAGAGUUCUCACAGAGAAUCCUUGGCUCCAAACUGGAUUCUCAGUUGCAGUAUUUUGGAAGGUCCCUAGAUAGCUUCAAAGAUCUGAAUGAUGAUACACUCCCAGACAUCUCAGUUGGUGCCUAUGGCAAAGUGGUGCAGCUCUGGUCCCGAGGUGUUGCAUAUGUCACAGCCAAGGCUUCUUUCAACCCCAAUAAAAUCAACAUCUUCAACAAACCCUGUGACAUAAACGGGCGCAAGCUUUCAUGUUUCAACACCAACCUCUGUUUCAGUGCUGAAUUCAGGCCUAAGAAUCCUGUCGGACCCAUCGAUAUAUCCUACACUUUGACUCUGGAUGCCGACUUACAGUCUUCACGAGUGACGUCAAGAGGAAUGUUUACAAAAAACAAUGAGCGCUUCCUCACAGAAAAGGCAAAAAUAUCAUCUACACCCCUGUGUCGAGACCACCAGGUUUAUGUUCAGGAGACUCCAGACUUUGUGAAUUCCCUCAGUCUGAAAGUGGAAAUCGAGCAGCAGAAUGCAGAUGUGAACCCUGUCCUCGAUAAGUUUUUUCCAAAGGCCUCGCAGUUCUUUAUCCCCUUUACAAAAGACUGUGGCUCUGAUGACGUGUGCAUCAGUGACCUGGUGCUGAGAGUGAAGACAGACUCAAAGGCGUCCAGCUCAGCUCCCGUUCUGGUCAGCGCUAACAACCGAGAACUGUCAUUUGAAGUCGCCGUGAAGAACAAAAAGGAGAACGCGUACAACACUCAGGUCCUGGCCACGUUCUCCAGCAACCUGUACUACUCCUCCGUCUUUCCUCCAACGGAUGGAGUCAAGUGCAGCUCAACAGAAACACAAACUGUCGCUUGCCAGGUGGGAUACCCAGCAUUAAAAAAAGACGAAGAGGUGAAAUUUAAGAUCAAUUUUGAAUACAGUCUCGAUCAGCCGCAAAACCGAGCUCAGGUGAAAUUUGAGGCCAAAAGUGAUGGUAAAGAGGAAAAACCUGCGGACAACAAUGUGGACAUAUCCAUUCCUGUUCAGUAUGAUACAGGGAUCGUUUUAUCCAGGCGGUCAAAUAUCAAUUUCUACGUGGCAAAUUCUACCAAUCAAGUAGUAACAACGGUGAAAACUCUGGACGACAUCGGCCCAGAGUUUAACUUUACAGUGAAGGUUUCAACAGGUAACUUCCCGGUCAGCCUCCUGUAUCUGAUCAUCGCUCUGCCAAUGACUACUGAAGGUGGAAAUCCGCUCCUCUAUGUGACCAAAGUGGACACACAAGCAGGAGGGUCUGUCAGCUGUGAUUCAAGCGGCCUGGUUGAUCCUCUGAAGAUUGGUGUGAAAAGCCACAAAGCGUCAUUCUCUGAGGAGAACCUCAAAGGCACGGAGACACUGGACUGCAAGAGUGCAAAAUGCAAGCAUCUAAAAUGCAUCCUCAAAGACACUGAAGUUAAGAGUGACUACUUUGUGGAAGUUAAAACAAGGAUCUGGAGCGGCACCUUUAUUUCGGCCGCCUAUCAGACCACUGUGCUGACCUCUAGUGUCAAUGUCGAGACCUCUGACCCCGAUCUGCUCCUCAUCAGCCACAAACAGCUUCCAGUGGUGCUGACGAUCAGUAAACCCGGAGAGAAAGGUGAUGUUCCAGUAGGAGUGAUAGUUGGCAGCGCCAUUGCCGGGCUGCUGCUGUUGGCUCUGGCUGUCGGACUGCUGUGGAAGUUUGGGUUUUUCAAAAGAAAGUACCAGCAGCUCCAGAGGGAAGCUGAUGAAGACAGGCAGAGUCAUGCACAUGUGGAUGAAGUGCUGUGAAAAACUGAAGAGGAAACCGCAGCCUUCUCUCUCUCCACUGGAUUGUCUCCAGUGUGGAUACUGGUACUUCUCACUAGUUCUUGUAAAGUGCAAGUGGACUGUAGCUCAAUCACUGGAAAUUGGACAUUUUAAUGAAUGGAAACGGGCCAUUUUGUAGAUAACUGGAAUUAGAUUCUCUGUUCAUUUUACAGAGGAUCGUUGGCAGUCUUUAUUUUUAUGGCUUGUGGACUAUACAUUGACUAGUCAUGUUAUGCACUGACUUUGAAUAAAUGUAAAAACUGUAUUUUUUCCCUACAUGACAGAACCAUAUACAAUACUUUAUUUAGGCCUUAGAUGACAUCAUCGACUUGGAUGCAAAUGUUGCCAUCCUGAGAUUUACACUGUAAAGGCAUCUUAUUUCUGCAUUGCCAUUUGUUUUGACAAACUCUGGGCAACGUGAUCGACAAAUAACAGCUUCUGUCAGAGACAUCGUAUCAUCAUUUGUCAAAAGGUUGAACUUGUUGGCACACGUCAGUCUGUAGCAUGACCUGCCACUGUCAUCUCUGGCACUCAGGACUUUUCUUACAUUCAGACUAUUGAUAUCAGUAGUUUAAAUGCAAAGAAGGAAAUAAUUCUUAUCCUGGAGAGAGUGACAUACGUCAUCACUCUGUUUCUUUGUUUGUACUGUAUAUACUGUAAGAUAAAAUUAUGAUUCUUUCUUAUUGGGGUUUAUACUGUAUAUGAAAAGAUAAGUGGCAAUACGGGCACAUGGAAUAGCUACCUAUGCUGUUGUUAUUGUUACUGUAGAUAUUUGUGAUGUUGGAGAUGUUUGAGAUGUUUUUUAGUGGCACAAUUUGUCAGGUGUGAAUAUUUUACCAGCAUAUUGUUUACAGUGGCUGUUGACCAUUAUUCUCAUAAUUGAAUAAUUUGCUAGUUUUGCCUGUUAAAUUUCAGGAAUGGGUUUUUAAAAAUGCCUCUAACGGUUUCUCAGGUUCCAAACAUUUGAUGUUUUUAAAUUGGUUGCUUUGUCCAACAUAUAAACAUUACUGUCGUGUAACACAAAGAAAAACAGUUUGAACCAGCAAAUGGUUUCAAUUGCAGGUUAAUUUUCUGUUAAUCAACUAAUUGAUUCAUUGACUUAUUCCGUUUUAACAUUGUUUAUCUGUACAUACAUCCUCAUUACAGAGGUUUGCUUACCGAUCACUAAAAGCAGCAACUAAGUAAAUUUACUCCUUAAAUACACCCGAUCUGUACCUUUGUCUCUUACAGUAGGAAGUUUGUGAAGCGUUAGAUCAAGGUUGAUCCUGCAGAAUCUAAAUGUGUACUGGCACAGCUUUGCCACAAGAUGGCAGCAUGAUAUAAAUGACAUGUUGGCGCUGCUCAUUAUUUCUCUUCUGCUCUGCUGAUGACUUGAAUUCCACACCACUAUCAAUUAAUACAUCAUGAUUAUGACCCA